GGCCCAUGACGCGGCUGUCUUUAGACCUGUGAAAGUCGCCAUUUUGUCGUUAGCGGAGAAGGGGAGUUAAGAGAAUUAUCCAGAAACCGCGUCUAGAAGAUCAGCCAAAAUGGGGAACGUUUUCGCAGGCCUGUUCAAGAACCUCUUUGGGAAGAAGGAGAUGAGAAUCCUCAUGGUGGGUCUGGAUGCUGCAGGAAAGACCACCAUCCUGUACAAGCUCAAGCUGGGAGAAAUCGUCACCACCAUCCCCACCAUUGGCUUUAAUGUAGAAACGGUGGAAUACAAGAACAUCAGUUUUACGGUGUGGGACGUGGGCGGUCAGGAUAAGAUCCGGCCCCUCUGGAGACACUACUUCCAGAACACACAGGGACUUAUCUUUGUGGUGGACAGCAACGAUAGGGAGCGAGUGAACGAGGCGCGGGAGGAGCUAACGCGCAUGCUGGCGGAGGACGAGCUCAGAGACGCAGUGCUGCUUGUCUUCGCUAACAAACAGGAUCUGCCCAACGCUAUGAACGCGGCGGAGAUCACCGACAAGCUGGGCCUGCACUCCCUGCGCCACCGCAACUGGUACAUCCAGGCCACCUGCGCCACCAGCGGAGACGGCCUCUACGAGGGCCUGGACUGGCUCUCCAACCAGCUGAAGAACGCCAAAUGAUCCAUUCCUCCAGCGGCGUCUGUUGUGUGCGCUGUGUGUGAGUGCGCGCGGAUGUGUCUGUCGGUGUGUGUGUGUGUGUAAGUGUAUUUGAGCGAGAGUGUGCGUGCGAGCGUGUAUAAUUGCGUGUGUCUCUGUGCAAACAAUGAGAGUGGCAGCAUCGGCCGGAGCUCAUCUUAGUUCCCUUCAGAUCUUCAUCAUAGUUGCCCAUCCUCAUCUUCGGUUCGCUCACUCUGACUGCAGAGGUUCUGACCGGUGCUGCCUGUCUGCAUACACACACCCUGCGUGUGUGUGUGUGAGUUUGUGUGUGUGUGUGUGUCUGUGUAUCACUGAGCUGAGAGUGGGAGCGGCCCUGCUGUGCCUUUCAUCCUAACACGAACCCCCCCGUCUCUCCUGAACCCCCCUGGUUUGUUCAGCCCUCUGCCUCCACUCGUAUGGCAGAGCAGCAGGCUGAAUGCAGAAAACUCCAUCUGCCUUCAGACCGCUAUGUAAAGACCUAUUUAAAAAGCAGUCCAGCUGAUCUGACGCUUGUCUCAGACCCAGCCUCCCCCCUCCCCCUCCCCCUCUGCUUCAUAUGCUCGUUUCCUGCAUGGUACUUGCUUCGACUGAAAUGCCUGCAGGAGAGGAAAGUGGACGGCAAACGGUCAGCUCAUUUGCCCCCCUGCUCUCCUUGCAUUGGUUCCUCUACGACUAUGGAACACUACCUGACCAACUCAUGUCAUUCUUAACCCCCCCCCCCCCCCCCCGCCCCCUGCCCCCCUGCCCCAAUCUGCUCCCCUUGUCUGAUUCUGAAGGUUUGUGUGUGGGUGUACAUGUUUGUGUGCAUAACCGGUCACCACACUGCCUCACUGAUCAAGUGCUGCAGAUGGAGUAUUCGGUCCUGUGUGUCUCAUAGGGUCUCCGUGUUGUAAGGCCAGUAUGGAGGGGACGUACACACAACCCAUCUGUGUGUGUGUGUGCUGCAUGGGACUGUGUAGUGCAUGCGCUGAUGAUGGGGGUGUGUGUGUGGACAGGGCUGCUCCAAUCCUUGCUCUGCGUCAUUCCGUUGAGAGAAGGGGGAAAGGGGGGGGGGGGGGACUCGUGCUGUAUCCACACACAUCUGAGCCUAGUCCUCACUGGUCCAGAAGUGUGUGACAUUUGGGAGUUCCGCCUGAUUCAAAGUGAGGUGUUGGUUGUGUGCCCCCCCAGGCUCGCUUCUUUGCUGUACCCCCCUCCCAGGUGAGCAGUGUGGUGGCCUUGUGCUCCGCUGUAAGGGGAGGUCCUGCCUGGUGGAGGGGAUCCUCCCGAGGAGGGCAGCUGGCGUUUCGUGUCUUUGCUCUCCCAGUGCACCUCCACCUCGCACACGCAUACAGUACAUACACACACACACACCUACAUACACACACACACACACACAAGCCAGCUCCAGGGUGAUGGGCAGGUCAGCUCCAGCUCAGUGUUGCAUCUCACCAUAUUUCUUUCUCUCUUUUUUUUUUUCCCCCCUCCAUCCUUCAAAUCAGGUGGCUCCAAUCCCCAAAGCCAUCGUCAUAGUUAGACACCAGCAGUGCGCCUUGGCCCCUCUCUCCAGGGCUUCAGAUCCACACUCAUUUAACUGACACAGAGAUUAUUCUUUCUUUCUGUCUUUCUCUUUCUUUCUCUCAGUUUAUUCCAAAGCCUCCUGCGAAUGUCACAGAGACACUGUAAGACCCCCCCCCCCCCUCCCCUCUUCAUGUUCCGAUUGAGCCCAAGGUCACGACCCCAACACUGACCUCUUGCAAGGGAAGCGGUGACCUUUCACCUUUUUAUAUUCGUGCAACUGGACAGCAGCCGUUCAUGUUUGUGAAUAUUUUUUUUUUCUUUUCUCUGUAUUUUGCAAAAAGCACCAAUUGCAGCAAGUUUCAGUGUCUUUUGGCCUUUAUACUUUGAUCAUAUAUGUAGAUAUAUACACCUACUGUAGUGCAAAAGAACAUUCAUUGACCUGGCUGACAAGCUGCAGCAUAUAUGGCAAGUCAUUGACCUGUAUAUGAACUUGAGUAUCAAAACUGUAUUUUAGCAAGCUGAUAUACUUUAGCUACCCGUGUUCAGUUGUGAAGCUUUCAUUUGAGAAUUUCUGUUGAAACAACACAAGAAGGUGUGCAUAAUGUUUUUUUUUUCUUUUUUCUUAAAAUGGUUUCAUGUUUUUAGCUUUUUUAACCCAUCUUGUAACAUCUGAGAAAUGCACUAUAAUAAAGAGAUCUAUUACAAAUAA